CUAAGCAAUAUCCAUAGCUCCAUUCAUGGCGUCGGAUUGCUACGUCCAAGGGCUCAAUUCUUUCAAGUUCACAAGGACAACUCAAAUAUUGUCAUGUCUUCCAUACCCAUCUUGCGAAUUCAAGUCAGGCAAGUUCUUAAGGAACUAGCCAGUUCAAGGAUUGAGACAUCCAAACAAAUGACAAUUUGGGUUUUGGGGAAAUUUCAAUUAAGGAAACCUCCAAUCCAAUUCAUUCCACUCAGGGCAAAUCACAGUCAAAUUCUCCCUGGACUAUGAAUCGAUUUGAUUGGUAAUGCAGUAAAGUUCAUUUGCAUUUCGGUUUCUUUCUUAAAGCGGUAAAAAUUCAAACAGCGUCAUUCUCCAGUUGCAAAUUCUGUUUUGAAUCCAACAUUUACUCAUUUUUUCCCAAAACAUCAAAAACAAAUCACCACUUGAACCUCUUUCAGCUACAAAAAUCUGUUUCUCAACUAAUCUCCAAUCAUCUUCUUUAUCUAAAAAUGGAAAAAAAUAACUGCUGUCCGCCUCUCUAUUCCAUUGCAAAAACUCACCUAUCGUCGAGUCUCGUGACGUUUCCUUCCCAAAAAUGGCGUGAAACCAAAUACCCAAAACUGCCUUCCUCUCUUAUAUUCAUCUUUGCCUCCAUUGCUAUCAUCAACGCCGCAGCCUCGCAGCCUUCUGCACCCAACUGCAGCCUUGAUUUCAAGACCUCCACUUUUGGAGACAUUUCGGGUUGCGGAGGGGGGAAAUGGGGCUGCUUCCUUUCCACGAAUUGCUGCAGAAUAGCUUUGAAUGAAUACCUCUAUGUGUUGGCGCAGAGGGCGAAUCGAACCGGUCAAAUUUACUUGAAGGCCAUGGAACAGAGGAACUGCUUGGAUUCCAUGAAGAAUUUCGAUGGAAACAUUUCAAGCUGUGGAUUCCAGGGGCUUGUCGAUGGCCAUGGAGGUUGUUCUAAUUUCAGUGUCGGUGAUGUUGCUAAUAAGUUGGGGAAUGACUUGAAAAGUUUGAGUGAUGAUUGCAAGUUUUUGAAUUAUGAGGACAAAGGGGACCUUGCGUGCGGUUCUUGCUUGAGGAACUGGGAUGAAAUGGGGAGAUUGCUUAAUAGCAGUGAAACAGUUGGUAAAUUUGAUGAUGAUGUUUGUAGAUUUGCAGUGUUGGUGUCUUUGAUGAGUAGUAGGAUUGAUGAUGAGAACUGGGUUCGGGCAGUUUAUAGAUGUCUUGGAGAGCAGGAUUGUAAUCAAGGCAAGUAUGUAGCGAAACAAGAGAGUCCUGGUAAAAACUCUUUCUCUUUACGCCCGGGUGAAACCACCCUCCAAACAAUGAUUGAAUUCACACUGCAAUACUACAAUUCUUCUGAGGAGUUACUUUCUGAGGGGGUUGGUUGUCAAAAGAUCUCGAUCAAAGAGAUUUAUGCUGCCACCAACAAUCUAAAUGCUUUGAACUUCAUUGGCCAAGGCAUAGCAGGAAAGGUCUACAAAGGUGUGCUUUCAAAUGGUUGGCAUGUCGCAAUUAAGCACAUCAUCAAGGAGGGGUAUGCGGAGACAUUUGUAAGAGAAGUCACGAGCCUUUCGCAUGUCAGACAUCCGAACCUCGUGAAAUUGCUUGGGCAUUGUGAGGAAGAAGAAGAGUGUUUUCUUGUUUACGAGCUGUGCUUGAAUGGGAAUCUCUCGGAGUGGCUAUUUGGUAAGGAUAAGAUCCUGUCAUGGAUGCAAAGGCUAGAGAUUGCGCUCAACAGUGCCCAGGGCCUUUGGUUUCUUCACUCAUAUCCUGAAGGCUGCAUUGUUCACCGUGAUAUCAAGCCAACAAACAUUCUCCUUGGGGAUGAUUUUGAAGCGAAACUCUCGGAUUUUGGUUUGUCCAAGGUCAUGGACUUAGGCCAGUCGUACGUGAGCUCAGAAGUGAGAGGAACCUUUGGAUAUGUUGAUCCUGAGUACCAACGGAAUCACCAUGUAAAUCCGGCCACCGAUGUUUACAGCUUUGGAAUUGUGCUCUUGCAAAUCCUUUCAGGGAAGAGAGUCAUCAACUUGAAUGUGAGAAAACCAAUGUCACUGGAAAAAAUGGCCAAAGUCCUUACAAGAGGUGGCAAUAUAUCUGAAUUUGUGGAUCCUAAAAUAAGUGGAGAAUACUCAAUGGAGGCUUUUGAUCUUGUUCUCAAGUUAGCACUGUCAUGCACGGCUCACAAACAGCAACGACCGACGAUGGAGCAAGUCGUGAUUGGAUUAGAGAAGGCAUUGGAUAUCUCGACCGAUGAAUCUUCUCCUUUCACUCCGCCGCCCCGAGCUCAGUCCCCAUAAGAGCUUUAUAUGUUUUUUGUAUCAUUUCAUGAAUGGUUAUUAUUAUACAAUGCUUGGGCCAAAAGUUUGUAUUUUUGGAUUUUCAUUUUCUACUAGUGUGGCCCAUGGUACAACGAUACAAACCGUGAUCAUACAAAGGCCUCGUCCUCAAUAUUCUAUGCACCGAAAAACCCCAGAUUGGCAGAUCCAUUUUUUGCGGUUGAAAUUCUACAAAGGACCCCAUAAGAGCUUUAUUUCUUUA